UUCCUUAAAAAAGACUAAAGGGAAAUGAGUUGGCUCAAGCAGACCAGACCUCGAGAUUAAUCAUGACCUCAAGAAGAAGCUUCCUGUCAUCUACAUUUAGCUUUUAACAGCAAUAUCAACAUAUCCUUAGUUUUUCAUUGGAUUCCGUACGAUUGAUGGAUCUAUUACGAGAAUACUUCUGGCUAUGGAUAAUCAUUGGAAUGAUUUUUGUCUCUGUGGUGAUUGGGCUCACCUUUUACUUUAUCAAUAGGUGGAUCUCCAAAAAAGCUGAGGUGUUCCGAACAAAUUCACCAGAUCAUCCUUCAAAUUCCCCCGAAUUCUAUGUCCAAAACAACUCAUAUCACCCAAGAGACAUUGAAAACGAUCUGCCUCCUUUACCACCAAGAACACAGUUCAAAACAUGUCCUGAAGCAGACUGCUACGAGAACCUUGCUGAGCCACCUGAUUAUGUGUCCUUGGAUGACCAGAUUGUGCCUCCUCCGUACAUAAAAAAUUUGAGUCAGGAGUGUUGCUAUGACAAACACAGCGUGUCCUCAGAAGACUACGAUGAUAUCGGGAAGAACGAUUGUAACGAGGGUAGACAGAGUGAGGAAGACUAUGAUGAUGUAGGAUAAACCUUGGUGGACCUAAUGGCCAGGCUAAACCCAGAAACCAGGGAAGUGUCCUGAUACAGGUACAGAUGUCUACAGUUUUCUUUUCCCAAUUAAAAUGGAAAGGGUUUAGUGUAGGCGUCCAAAUCAUGUUAUUUAAAGACAUAUCUCUUUCUAGGAAUUGAGGGGAAAAAAGGAUGCUAACAUUAUUAUAUCCAUCAUCUGCUUAACUUAAUAGUUCAUAUUAGCUAUACUUAAUAGCUAGCUAUACUUACUAUUAUAAUAUGUUGUGAGCCUAUAGUAUAAGAAUAAUAUUUAGUAUGAUCUGUUCAUCAUAUAGCAUUGAUUGCAUUUGUUUUCAGUAUUUCCUCAAUGUUUAGGAUAUGUGAAGUCCUAUCAGUUAAAGAUGCAGUUAUUAAUAUAUUGGUUCUUUGUUGAGGCACUGCACAUCAGCUACAGUUGGCAGAUCAGCCAACUGUCAAAAUAACUCAGUAAAACUGUAAGCUAACUGUAUAUGUAGUAAUACACAUCAGCACAAAAUGUUUCCUGUAGAUAGUGGAAAAUGACAAAUGAUAAUUUGGUCUAGUGAUGUAGUUGCACUGUAGUUAUUUCAACAAAACUUGGAAGCAGCACAGAACGGCAGGAGGAAAUUACUGUCAACUCGCAAUGCUGUACCCUUUUAAGCAUGUUGUGCCUCUGCUUAAAACCAGUUUCCAAGAAAUGACAACAGCAGGAAUAUAUUUUCCUUGAAUAUUGUUUUUUUUCUUGGCUUAGCCAUACAUACCAUUAUGGAAACCAUACUUACAAGAUUUAAGUGACACUAAGGUUGUUGUCUUACAAUUUUUGCAAGAGUGGAACUGUUACUGCUUAGAGUCUUUAGCCAAUAUAAACAUUGACAAUAUUAUUUUGUUUUAAUGACUGAAUACAAAUUUUGAGAUACAAACAAGAGGGAGUGGCACCAGUGGGCAACUGAUCAUUGACUUGGGUGGAGAACACUUCUGUCUGUUCAGAAGAGGCCCUGUUUCUCUUCAGAUAUGCUGUUGGAUGUUGAAGUCAGCGUAGGUAGAAUGAGCCCAUCAACCUGAUGUCAUUAGUACUAGGAGCAUGUUGGUGUAUGAUGGAGUGGAUGUUCAAAAAUGUCUAAAGCCCUGUUUUACUUUUGCUUUGUCAUUAUGGUUGAGAGUAUGUAGGUUGAAAGGAUAAAAUAAAAAUAAUCUAUUUCAGAAUAAAAGCUUGUAAUGUGCCCUGUGA